UGGCCGCUCUCAAACGGACGGCAGAGGAGGACAGAAGUCAAUGACGUUCGAGCCAUUACACAGAGGUGCUGGCGAUGGUGGCCAUGGUGCUGGUGAUGAUCUUGGUGUGGAAGGCGAGACCAGAGUUGACGUCAAUUCUAUUUCUCCUAUCGACCCAGCAGCUCAGCGAUUCACUACGAACGAUGUCCUCAUGGCUCAUCUGUGGAAAUGCGUCACUCGGGCAAGAGGCCUCCACGUGUCCAAAGCAGAUGAAAAAGAAGAAGACGAAGGAGAGGAUUGUGCUGACGUGUCCAGCGCUUGCUCUUACCCGUGCCAGUCGGGAGAAGAUGGCAAACUGGUCAGACGAGGUACGGCGGUCGACGGUAGAAAGCGGUUGCGGCCUUGUCUUCAUGAAGGAUUUUUUGGCAACGUCAUCUUUUGGUUUUGCGCUUCUGCGCCUGCUGGCCAGCUAGUGACGGAGUCGCUCGGCGAACGGCCCAAAGAAUCAAUCGGCCCGUACAUG